AUGAAUACAUUUCGUGAUAAGUAUUGGCACAUUAUCGAAUUUUCUAGAUUAUGUGAAGAACUGCAAUCCUCUGUUACAAAAGGACUAACAACAGCGACAGCAAACAAGCGCCUUAUAUUAUAUGGGAAAAACAAGUUCACAUUGCUUAGGCCAGAAUCGAGAAUUCGAAGUUAUUUGAGAAACUGUUUCUAUGGCACUGGUCGCAUUUUAUUUGUCGAUAUAAUUGGCUGCUUCGUCCUGUACCAUAUUGAGCUGCAAUCGCCAAGGGAAUCGAAAAUCGUACAUGAGUUUGGCGUAAUUGGAAUACUUUUCGUUAUCUUAUUUUUAGCCGUGGGCUAUUUUCGUCAGAUCCAGGCCAACGACGAUUAUGGAGUUGCUCUGGCUUUUAAAGAUUUAAUGCCCAUGUAUUGCACGGUUCUCAGAGAUGGACGUAACCAGAUUAUAAAAGCCGAAAACGUUGUCCUUGGUGAUAUAUUACAGAUCACAUAUGGCGAACGCAUAGCGGCCGAUGUCCGAUUCUUUGAAUCACAUGACCUGGAGGUGAACAACGUGGCCCUCACCGGACACUCCGUCUCUGUCCUAAUUGAUCCCGAGUUCACGCAUCAAAAUAAAUGGGCAGGGAGGAAUGUGGGCUUUGCCUGCAGCCAUGUGACAAAGGGACACGGACGGGGCAUUGUGAUUGCCUGUGGCGAUAAGUCCGAAGUGGGUGUCAUGGCCAGUUUGAACAUGGAGACACGUUCUCGAAGCAGAUCACGCAAGCAUAUUCAACAGAUCACUUAUUAUACACAUAUCAUCUGUAUUCUGAUGUUUUUUAUAUUGGUUUGUACGAUUUCGCUGGAGGGUUUGACUUUGCAGAUGUUGAUCGAGUUCAACGUGAGCUUGACGAUUACCCUGUCACCCAUCUAUCUGCCCAUUCUGAUGUACUUUGGACUGUGGCGCACACGAGCUACGCUGCUGGAAAAGGGCUGCUAUGUUCGGAAUAUGGAGGCAGCCUCCACACUGGGAUUAACAACGGUGUUGUUUAGCAGUUUAAUUGGCACUAUGACAAUGCGCAGCUGGCGAGUGUCGGAUAUAUUUGUGAAUGGAGCGCUGGAAUCUGUGCAGCAUCGUCAUCAGUUCAGUGAGAACGAGCCAUUUUGGCAGCUCAUUCGUGCAUCGGUGCUGUGCAAUCGAGCUAUCUUCAGUCCCGGCCAGAAGGGCGUGCCCCGCAUGGAGCAGACUCUGGACGGUAGUGACUAUGACAGAGCCUUGUUCCUAUUUGGCAUGCGCGUCUUUACAGAUAUUUUAGAUUUUCGAAGUCAGUAUGAGACAGUUGCUUCUAAGGCCUACGAUCCUCUAACCCAUUUACAGCUGAGCGUUCACAGGACACUCAAUGAUGAGUAUCUGCUCAUCAUUCGAGGUUUUUGGAGUGUCGUACUGAGUUACAGCAGUACCUGUUUUAUCAACAAUAAUGAAGUGGAACUGGACGCAAUUGAGCGAAGAAUCGUUUCCAAUGUGGGCUUGAAGUUAAAGCUGGCGGGACGACACACGUAUGCCUUUGGCUCGAAGAUCCUGCAGCCUGAUGAGCAAAUGAUGGCUCUAAUCUCCGAGGACUUUGAUUGCAAUAACAAAAGGAAAUAUGAACAAUUUAUGAGUGCAUAUUGCAAUUCGUUGUGUUUCUUGGGUCUCAUUGCCACCUACGAUCCGCCCAGCCAUAAUGUGAGGCAAGGCGUGGAUCGUUGUCGCAGUGCUGGCAUCAAGCUGGUCCUUAUCACACGAGCCGAUCUAAGCUUUUCCAGGGCCAUAGCCCGGGCGGUGGGCGUGAUUGGGCAGAACAGCGAGACCGUUGAGGAUGUGGCCAUGCGCCUGGGCAUACCCGAAUCACAGGUGAACUGCAGCAUGAUCACCGCUGCGGCCAUUGAUAUGAAGAAUUGGCACAAGAAACUGCAUCAUCAGCGUUGGUAUGCCAGGCAGCUGCUGCUCGCCCAUGCGGAUCUGGUCUUUGCGGCAAUUGGUGUGCAGCAGCGCUAUAUGCUCGUCGAUCUCUGCCAGCAAAUGGGCGCUAUUGUCACCGCUAUUGGCACCUCUGUCCACGACUCUUCCGCCAUUCGACGUGCGAAUGUGGGCGUGUCAGCGAGGGCCGCCUCGCAGACAAGUCAAUCCUGUGCCGAUAUCACACUGCUGGACAGCAAUUUUGUGACACUUGUGGAUGCCAUUGAGGAGAGUCGUCUGCUCUUCGAGAAUAUGAAGAAGGCGUUGGUCUACACCCUAUCACCGAGCAUGGCAAGCUUAUUGAUACACUUGUCAUUCAUUUUGCUGAUGAUUCCAUUUCGCUUGUUCUUGAUCGUCUCGUUGAUUUUGAAUUUUUUGGUUGGAUUGUUGCCAGCCUUAUCGCUGUUUUAUGAACCACCGGAGGAAAACCUAAUGGAACACAAGCCCAAGAUCUAUGAAGACUUUCUAUUCAACAGACGCAUUAUUAUUGUGGCUUUUAUACAUGUGGGUUUGAUUGAGGCCUGUGCCGUCUUUACUUCCUACUUUGUUUACAUGGCCCAUAAUGGAUUUCUACCCAGAACUUUAAUUGGCCUCAGCGUUGAGUGGUACGACUAUUCCGUCAAUGAUUUGGUCGACUCAUAUGGUCAAGAAUGGACAAGUGGGGCUCGCAGGCUGCUGGAGAUUAAGACUUUAACAGUUGUCGUCAUCACAUUUAUUAUUAUGCAGUGCAUCAAUCUCAUAUUGGCCAAAACAGGACGUGCAAAUCUAUUUACCCAUGGCUUUGGCAACAUGCGCUUAAACAUUGCAGUCAUUUAUAUGAUUUGCUUUGGUUUUUUCCUCACCGUCUUGGAUUAUCCAACAUACUUACGUAUUUCGCCAGUUGAUUAUUAUCCGGUAUUUUGCUACAUUUUGGCCAUUGGUAUUACUGAAUAUAUUUUUAGAAUCAGCUCGUCGUUAUGUGUUGAGGAAUUUCCGUGGCAGCUGGUUUGAGCAUGAGACCUACUUUGGACACAUAUAAACAGAAAAACUCCUGUUGCAAGAAUAGAAAUAAAUAUUCAUUUUGGCUUUCAUCAGGCUGUCGACUUAAA